UUAGUGGAUGAAAUUGAAUCCAAAAACAGAUAAGAGACACAUAAUCGCUACUAUGAUACAUCAGCAGUAUUAGAUAAAAUAUUAUGACGGUGAUUAUGAAAAAUAAUAUUAACUUCGAAAAAGCUAUGCUGAACACCCUAUAUACAGCGGAGAUUAUAUGUCAGCAUCGUCUCGCGUGGGGUAUGGCAAGUUCAUGUUUCAGCAAUGUGGACGAGUAUGGAUUUGAAAGACCACAUGAUUUUGACUAUGAAACUUAUGAAGAUUUUAUCUCAGAGUACCUCAAAGUACUUGCUAAAAGAGCAAAGAAAUGGGCUGAUAUUAUCGGCGAAGGAAAGUCAUUACAACGCAGUAUUACAAUAAAGAGAUAUGUUCGUAAAGGUAUACCAGGAGAACAUAGAGGAUUGGUUUGGCUUACUGUCAGUGGAGGAGAAGAUAUGAAAAAUGCAUCCCCAGAUCUUUACCAAAAAUUAUUACAAUCCCCACAUAAUAAAGAAGUUGCAGAUAUCAUUAAAACUGAUCUACCAAGAACUUUUCCUGACAAUAUCUUUUUCAAUAAUACGGAAAACCAGCAGCAUCAGUUGUAUAAUAUUCUAUUAGCCUUUGCUCAUCAAAAUAAAACAGUAGGAUAUUGUCAAGGCUUAAAUUAUAUAGCAGGUCUAUUAUUGCUUGUUACAAAAAACGAAGAAACAGCUUUUUGGUUAUUAAAAGUUCUAAUAGAAACAAUUUUACCUGAUUAUUAUACACCCACCAUGGAUGGCUUGAUUACAGAUAUUGACGUGCUUGCAGAAUUAGUCAAGAUAAAGAUGCCAGAUAUUUAUGAACAUGUUACAAACAUAGGCCUACCUUGGGCUGUUAUUACAACAAAAUGGUUUGUUUGUUUAUUUGCAGAGGUUUUACCAAUUGAGACUACGCUGCGUAUAUGGGACUGUCUGUUUUAUGAAGGCAGUAAAAUAAUAUUUCGUGUUGCAUUGACUCUGAUAAAAAGGAACAAAUCCAACUUGCUUGCAUGUCAGAAUUUCACGACAUUAGCUGAAUGCUUUAAAGAAAUAACAAAGGACAGUAUUGUGUUAAAAUGUCACGAUUUUAUGCAGAGUAUAUUUAAAGUACCCGGAUCACUGCCUGGAAGUACAGUGUUAAAAUUACGAAAAAAGAUUUCACGACAACGCAUAGAACAAAAAGAAAGUAAACUAGGACGAUAGUACUAAGAAGGAGUUCGCUCAUUGUCCACCGAAAUAUUCUAGUCAAUAUAUUGUUUUUUUGUAAUUCUUACAAAAAAAGCAUGCUGUGUAAGAUUGUAUCAUAAUAUUAUGUCUACAAUGUUUCUGUAAAUAUAAAGUUAGCAUGGAAAGAUAAGACAAUAUACCAAUGA